GCGAGACACAUUCACUCAUCUGACAACCUGGCUGGAAGACGCACGUCAACAUUCCAAUAGCAACAUGGUGAUUAUGCUCAUCGGAAACAAAACGGAUCUAGAGUCGAGGAGAGAUGUGAAGAAGGAAGAAGGCGAGGCAUUUGCGAGGGAGCAUGGACUCAUAUUCAUGGAGACGUCAGCGAAGACGGCGGCUAAUGUGGAAGAGGCCUUCAUUAAUACAGCAAAAGAAAUUUACGAGAAAAUCCAAGAGGGUGUUUUUGACAUCAACAAUGAGGCAAAUGGCAUCAAGAUCGGACCACAACACUCUCCCUCAAGUCCUCACGCCCCAUCAGGAAGUUUGGGACAACAAGCAGGAGGUGGUUGUUGCUAGGAGUACCCCUCCCCCCACCCCCCAUGACUCUCAAUAUCAGCUGUAUCCACGUGGAUCUGUUUCGCGGAGGCACCCUGACGCGUGCACAGACAGACGGUCGAUGGCAGGGUCAGUGAUAGGAGCCAUGUGCGCACACGUUGUGGGUGUUCACUUAUACUAUCUACCCAGAUGCUGAUGCUCAUGCUGGGAGAGAGAUCAUGUUUCCGCAGUUCACAAAUGGUCUUCUAUUGCGAAGUUAAUAAAUAAUAGUACAGAUAUAUACGCCUAAAUGCAUGCAGCUAUAUAGUGAUGACCCUAUGCUGUAUGGAAAAGUGAAAGGUGCCUGUUGUUGUAUGCAGGUGUGCGCACACGUCUGUGUUACAAUUAGGCGCGAGUGUGUGUUCGUUAUUGCCAUCAUGUCUAGUGUUGUUGUUGCUGUUAUUGUUGUGUUUUAAAUAGGUAGCAGAUAUUCCCAAGCUUAAUCCCUACGGCUGAGUAAUGGUAAUAACAGUUCUCAUAGCUCGUGUGUUGGAAGCACAUUAAGGUAGAUGGAGGAUCCUAGCAUCAAUCACACAAUACAUGACCAUUUACUGCUGUUAGUUCAAAGCCUUGUAAGACAUAUGCAAAAAAUAUGUGCGAUGCACGAUUCCUUGGUUAUUUGCCUUGUUUUUUGCCAAUCAAUAUCUGCGCUGAUUUUUGCUGAUUUUUGCUGAUCAAAUUUUGCGUGGCUGAGACCAGGUAUUCUUGAAUGAACGGAAAUGCUUAAACGAAUGCGCAAUUUAAUUUAUUCUAAGUUCCGGUUAUGAAAUGUUUAUGCUGUGUUGAGAGUGGAGGAUCUUGUUUGCUAGUCUUGCGGUGUAAAAGAAGUUGCCUUUGACAAUCAGCGUGCAUGUCCUCGCUCUGUGCUCUACUGACAUGGCGGACUCUGACAUGGCAUCACUGCAUUACUGCAUUGCAGACUGCAGUAGAUUCACAUAACUUCAUUACACAUUCGGCUUAUUCCGUUGAUUCUGACGAAAUCUAUGUAUCCCAUCAGAGCGAUACAAGAAUAACUGAGAUCAGUCACGCGAAGUUGUAGAUGGUGUCAUGUUUACGAUCGUUUAGUUUCGAGAGUAGCGGACAGCUAAUGUUUUGUUCUGUGUUAAAAUACUGUUGCCUCUUAUCUAUUUAUAUAUUACUGUGCUCUUAUUUAUCUUCAUCAACGCGACAUGAUAAGCUGGGAACCACCGAAACCGGCAGCUGGUGGGCGGAACGUGAAGAUCACAUUGACGUUCUCUCCUAGAUCCUUGAAGUAAAAUCCCUUUAUCUGGUCACAAUUUUGUACAACGGCAGCGGUGAGUUUUCUUGCUACAGACACAGAGUGGCCUUUUGAACCAAUACCAGGGAACUGGAUUUAUGUUCUUCUGCAUUUGAUGUUGUAGAAACGCAGGCGCACAUUAAAAACAUUCCGUCGGGGGAAGCUGCACGUAGUAAAGCUCUGAUGUACAUAGCAAGAGCCACUAUUUGUUACUGCAUGUAUUUCUAUAACGACUCUAUAACUUCGCUAUCCUCGUGAUGCGUGGGUCUAUGUGUGGUUGCCUUGACAACAGACUUCUGCUUAAUCCGACUUGUUUGCGAGAGCAUUCCGUCUUCCAGAAAUUCUCUGAAUCUUGUUCAUAUUAUUGCUUCUCUGAUCAUUUGUAAGGUUUAGAAAACAGUUAGUAGCUACCGAAAAGAUUGUUUUUAUUGAUCAAUUGUUAGAUUUAAUUUCAGCUAAGCUAUUUAGAUUAAAUCAUUAGCUGUAUUGUGAAUCCACAGAGUAUAGCUACAUAUAUAUUUGUCGGCAUGGGAGAAUAGCUGAUAUGUGAUGAAAGGACAUGGUUGGGGUGUGCGUUUGACAGUUGUGGCUAAAAUUGCUAGUGACAUUCUUAUAAUAUGAGUGGUGUGAACAAGGUAAUCAUAUUACCUUAUAUAUGUUAUAUAGUAUCAUCACGUAAACACGAGAAUCUAGGUACGCAUGAGGUAUCUAGCACAAUGUAUACAUGUAUAUCUUGAUUCAAUACAUACAUGAGGUUGUAUGAAUUCAGUUACGAUCUGUAUAUAUUGUACUGAAAUAGCGUUGUACGGCCCCUUCUAUUGCAAUUCGAAUUCAAUGACCAAAAAAAUAUUCGUAUAGGAAAAACUACUGCCUGUGCUAGCUGAUUCGAUCGCUAAAAACCUGAGCUGUGGUUUCGACUGAGCGCGUGAAAUAAAAUCCAUAACUUUUCUAGACGGUGCAGAAGCUUGCUUGUAAUUGUGAAGUCUCGUGGUGUCGUGGAUACGUCUUUAUCGCGUAGUUUUGUCGGUUCGGGGCUCAUCGAGUUCUCCACGCGCUUGGUUAGUACGAAACUCGGACCGCUCCACGUAUUUUGGUUGGUUAUUUUAUCACAGUGUACGGAGCAGGGCAAGUGUGCAAUGUGCAGCAGCUGGGAUGAGUUCUCUGCAGGCGAGACCGCUUCUCUUGAAAAUGUACUACAAAGGAGCAGAUCAAUUAGUUUGGCUAGACUAAUUAAUGUGCAUUUGGUGCGGUUAUAACGAUACGCGUGUGUUAUAGAUUCACUUCUCGUACUACUGAAUUCAGGAGUCUGUGUGUGUGUGUGUGUGUGUGCGUGCGUGCGUGCGUGCGUGCGUGCGUGCGUGCGUGCGUGCGUGCGUGCGUGCGUGUGUAUUGAGAUUCAAAGGUCGGUGGGGUAGGUUCCAGUCAGACCGGAUUAAAUGAGUGGUAUAUCCUGUGCACCCUUCUAUCGUAGACACCACUUGUUUUCAUUUAUUCCGAUGGCCGUAUCUCAGUGGAAAUAUAGUAUUUUCCCCGAAUUUCGUAGCCCCCUCUAACACUCGCGCGGCCUGUGCUGGUUUCGCACUGUGCCCCUGUAGCAUGGUUUACAGUUCUUCCUAUGACAAAUUUCCCAUCCUACAUUGUGUGUACGCAGCAUGGACAUGCCUGGCAGGGCGGGUUAUUAAUGUGACUCGGAUUUAAUCUUUAUUCGUCCAAGGUCGAGGAUGUUUGCUAUAAAGGUGGUAGGGGUAGUGGUAUAAAAUGUUACACCUUUCUUUAUUAUCCGGCUCUGAGCUCAACGGAAUGAACUGUUACGACCUUGAUGGUUUAUUGUUAGAGAGUUGUUGUCUAUCAACAGCAUUCACAUGUAACCAAAUCAGUUUAGCAUCGUACCAAGAGCUAAAAAAUACCUUUACUAUAUUAAUAUUAUUCGCUCGUAGGCAUAGCGUCAGUUUGCACAGAAAUAUAUUAUCGAUAGUUUACGAAUAUAUAUAUAUAAUAUGCACACGGUGAGUGAGGUAGUAUGGCUUCUUGCUUUGUGUAAGCACCCGAUGACCCUUGCUAGUGUAAAGUACAGAGCGCAGUGGCAGUCGUCUCCAGUUAAAGAGAAUGCCGCUAGCUUAUGAUGAGUGAUUCGUUUAUUGUAGCUUCUCUUAGAUCCCCCGCAGCAAAUCUUGGUUAAUGUGAAUGUGGCGUGCGACCAAACCGACCAGUUACUGCUGUUUAUAAGUGCCGAGCGGUUAUAGUAGAUAUGCGCUCUUGAUACUGUGUUAUCAUCGCCCGUCUAAAUGUAGUUUUUGGCGUUCAUCGGUUUCGCGUGCACAAACUGUGAAAGCCCCUCUCUCUCUGUGAUUUGCGUCCAAGAGACUAUUCAUGAUGCGGUGAACACCGGAACGCUUCAGCUAUUCAUGUAUUGACAUCCUGGGAUGUCUCGGCAAAUAUACCUAUCGGUUCAAUGGUGGUCUCUAGGUGGCGCCAGUGUACGUGCAGAUUAUAAUGAAAGUAAAGUGUCCGUUUUAA